GACCAGCAAUGCAAACAGGAAGCGUAUCGUUACCAUGAACACAACUCUGUGUUUGAAAUCAUGGCGCUUCUACGAGGUUUCACCCACUGCUAGAUUUGCUGUCACUUUAACUGCAGUAUAAAGUACAAUGGAGAGACCCAAAGCAGAUGAAAAGCUCAAUGCUCCUUGUGAUUUUGUGGCGUCAACCGCUACAAUGGCUGACCACAAGGACUUGAUGACCCCAUCCCAUUUCACAGCAAGCUCUCAGUCUACCUCCAUCACGGUGCCAGGUGCCAUAAGGGGACCAGGGACAACACCGCUUACGUGGGUAAAUCCUGCCCCAACAACAAAAACAAUGGAUCCAUGGCUUGCCAUCAACCAGGCCAAGCAGGAAAUCCUCGAAUUGCGCAAGGAAAACCAGAGGAUCAUGAUGCUACAGGGAGAUGGAUCAAGAAGGGGGCAUGCUACGGGUGGUUGUGCAGACUCCAGAACAAGUCACAGGUCCGGGGAGAGGGGUGACACGUCGAGAUGGGAGACAGAGUGGAGACUGGACAUGGAGAGGCUGAGGGCUGAGUCAGAGAGACUCAGGGGGCAGGUGGAGGCUCUGAAAGAGGCUGCAGGGAGGCAGAGGGAAGAGAUGCGAGAUAAGGAAAGCUACCUAAACAGGCAGAGUCUCGAAAUGGAGGCGGCGCGUGAGGAGUUAUGUAAGACCAAGGCUGAACUUGGCAUCAUUAGUGUGGAGCUCAAUCUGAAGAGGGAAGAAAAGGAGAGGGUCAGCGCUCAGCUGGGGAGAUUGGAGAGGGAGUCAGGGGAGGAGGUGGAGAGGCUGAACAGGGACGUGGAGCGGAGCAGGUUGGAGGCUCAGAGGCUGACCGCAGAGGUCGAGGCCGCCCACCUAAAGGCCGGGGCGGAGGCCAAGGAGCACGCUUCGAAACUGAGACGGCAACUGGAGGAGUUACAGAGGAGACAGGAAACAGAGUUGCAGCAGUUGACUUCGACCCAUAGUACAGAGAUGGCUUUGGUGAGACAAACCAACUCUGAACUGCAGGCCAGACUGUGUGUCCUGACCCAGGAAGUGACUCAGCAGAAGAGCAGUCUACUGGACGUGUUUGCAGAAAGAGACGGGUUGAACGAGCAACUCAGCCAAAUGGGAAAGGAUUUUGAGACCCAGUCGGCUACACUGCAGAGUCUGAGAAAUUACAUUGGGGAACUUUCCCCUGAGAAAGGAGAGGAGGAUAAAUUGACAGAAACAAUUAAGAGGCUGCAAAGAGAGAAGGAGGCUCUACAGGUGACCACAGAACUAUUGACUGUUAGACUCAACUCUGUGAACGACAUAUUGGCUCUGCAAGAGGAGGAGAUGAUGGAGAAGGCCGGCUCAGAGACGCUACUUAAGGGCUCUUCUAAAGGAGCCAGGGUGCUACGUUGCUGGAGGGAGAAAGUCUUCACCUUGUUGGUCCAGCUCCGCUUGAAGGACUUGGAAACGAGAGGAGAAAAGGAGAAACUUCACUCAGCGAUGUCGUCCCUGGAGCGGCAGGUCAAGGAGGAGAAGCGCCAGGCCGGUGUGUUCCAGCACGCCCUGCAAGACCGGGCCGCCGAGCUGCACCUGGAGAGGGUGGCCAGGCAGGUUGUUGAGCAGGACUUAGCCAGUACCCAGACGGAGAACGCAGAGCUGAAGACUUGUCGUCAAGAGGCGGGAAUGGGACUGAACACCAUGACAGAGGCAGUCCAGAGAUUCAGCCUGGCAUUCGAGGCCAAGAUCGCUGAGCUAGAGAGCGCCCAGUCACGCCUCAACAGUCACAGCCAGAGACUCACCUUUGCCAAGCGAAAGGUGGACACAAUUCAAGGGCUGAUGAUGAGGAGGGAGGCCCUACGGAGGAUCCACCAGCAGCCUCCCAAGCCGGCCGACGUCGUCUCCGAAGGGAGCCGUCUCGGAGACCUGCGGGCAGAGCUGGCCCUGGUGUGCGAGGAGAGAGACAAGCUGGCGCAGGAGCUUAGGAGGACCCCGGACCUCGUCCAGAACGCCCUCGCCGACCUCCACGAGCGGUUCGGGGCCAAGGUGAGUCAGCUGAGCGGGGCCGUGGAGCAGAGCAGGACGGAGGUCCAGGAGGCGGCGGCAGGGCGGGACGAGGCCCAGAGGAGGCUGCUGGAGGCCCACACACAGCUGGAGGAGGGCAGCCUGCGUCUGGAGCAGAUCAGCGGCCAGCUGCUCGGCCAGCGCCAGGAGAGCGAUCGAGCGCUGUCUGACGUGGAGGAGCGCUGCACCCGGCAGCUGAGGGACAUGGAGACCCAGCUGAACGCGGCCAGGAGGGAGCACAGCAAAGCAGUUGUGGCUCUGCGCCAGGUGGAGAGACACGCGGAGAGAGAGCGGGAGCAGGAGAGAGGGGCCCGGCGUCUUCAGGAGGAGCACAGCGACAGGGAAAUCCGCGAGUUGCAGAAACGACUGCAAGAAAAGGACAAGGACAAAAACCUGCUACUGGUAAAGAGGGCCCGACGGGGGGUCGUAAGCUUGCUGUCGGCCACGGUGCGUGAACGAGGCCUGCUGAGCGAGUAUAAAAGAGCCCGCAGCAGAGCCCUGCAGACCUCCACCGUCCCAGGGGAGCCGGAGAGCCCCCCGGGGACAAUCGCUCACUCCGGUCUGGGAGGCAAAGACGAGCCGCCCCCCAAAGAGUCUCUGCUGAGCAUGCUGGGGGACCUCCAGGCUCUCAGCUCCUCCCUGGCGGAGAGCUCCGAGGACUCUGCCGAGGAAGAGGGGCAGGGCGACGGCGGGAAGGCGGUCGGAGACGCCUGAUUCCGCGCGGCCAAACGGCACGCCGACCUGGAGCCGGGCACGCUCCUUCAGGGUCGAGCCGUCGAGGACUGAACGCGUACUAUUAACAAAAUGCUGAUUGAUGUUCCCCUUUUUAAAAGCGUUUUCUAAGGUUUGCUAAUGCGUCUGAAUUAGUCAGGGCCUGUCAGCUGUGCCUUUGCAGACAACAGCUGCAGAACAAGGCUUUCAUGCCAGCUCUCUGAUUCUAAUUGCCAGCAUGAAAUGCAUUUCUUUCCUUCUUUUAAUUGAGUUUCUCGAGUGUCUUGUUAAGAAGGACCGUAUAUAUACCGUCGAGUCCACUCCCCCCCCCCCCCCCCCCCCCUCCUUAUUUACCAGAACAGUCCAACCGGGAGGAGUUCAUUGCAGGUAGGCGUGUAGCCAGCACUCUCAGAGGCUAAUCAAUAAGUCAAUGGGCUCCUUCCCCGGGCCUCCCAGCAAGGAGCGGCAUGACAGCAAAAUCAACAGAAUGGAUAGCCUCGUUCCAAACAGAACACCGGUGGAGGAGGCUGAGUAACCGGAUGAGUUAUGUCUCUAAGUGCUCCCGAGUUGUAACGCCCAAGCGAGGAUGGACCUCUGCCGACAGUCCCGUAAGCCUUGCUAAUGGUUACGUAUGUGAAACCGCCGGUCGAUUGUGUGGCACCAAAAUAUUCGGUGGGGGUUUUUUUUGGUGUGGUUUCAUCACGUGUAAUAAAUUACCUUCGCAUCUUGACGUCAAACGAGGGCUUUCAUUUGAUUUCCUAUCACAGACACAUCUCUAUUUAGUUGUAUGGCAUGAUGCAGAUAUUUGUUUUGAUAAUUAUCAUGGUUACCUUACAGUACAAGAAUGACAUGAAUUAACAGAUAUGAAUCGGGUAAUAAUAGGAAAUGGACACCUUAACGAGUACAAAGGUACAGGCUGGAUCACAAGAUUGUCAAUAUGUAGAAAUAAACUCGACCCUAGAAAGAGGCGUUGUUAAGAUUUCAGAUUUUCCCUGCUUGAAAAUAACCUGAGGAUUCACAAUCAAGCUUCCCCGUGUCUUACGCACCAGGCAUGCCCAAUUCCCAGGGAUGCAAUUCACUCCAAUCAAAGUGGAAGUAUUUCUACAAUGAAACACCUGCAUGCCGAGAAAGAUAAGCAAGCUCUCCAGAAAACAGCCAUGUGGACAGUAAAUCAGAAGGUGUGAUCAAUGUUGUCAUGAACUGAACAUUGUUUGCUGGUAGGUAAUUACUGAGCGCGUCUUUGGCCAGGAGGGAGGUAAUGUGCAGAUGUGCUAGCUGUGCAAGUUAAAGCAGAGCAUGCUGGGAAGGGUGAUUUGUUUCCCAGAGGGCUGUUCUGUGGCAGGUCUGUCUGAUGAAUGGUGUUUUUAUCUGUCCCUACGUCCUCAUCAGACCCCAGCUCGGAGGCAAUGUUUGGCACGGACCCUUUAUGCCGACCCCCCCCAACACACACACACACACACAGAAACUCACACCCACACACUUACACACACAGAGACUCACACCCACACACAGAAACGCACACCCACACACUUACACACACAGAGACUCACACCCACACACUUACACACACAGAGACUCACACCCACACACUUACACACACAGAGACUCACACCCACACACUUACACACACAGAGACUCACACCCACACACUUACACACACAGAGACUCACUUCAUGGCAGCCUUAUCGGAUGUUAAAGGCUGCCAUUGUUUUACGUGAAGAAUUACAUGUGAUGUCAUUGACAUGCUUCUUGCAUGUCAUUACUGCUCUGAUUUAAGACAUCUAUGAUCUGCCACGAAAAGCAUUGCCCGACUCAGUUUAAUUGUUUUUAUUGAAUGUUGAAUAGCAUGGCAGACUCACUUGUGAAUCAUCUACAAUAUUCUCUUCUUUUUUGUGUGGACAUAUUGUAACAGCAGAUGGCAUUGUUGUCAAAUAAAGAUGGCUCAUGCUGCAAA